CGUGCUGUACGUCCUGUGAUGAUCCUAAUAGCAUUUCACGGAUUGCUCCUCGGAAAAGCAGAAAACAGAGUAACAGCAAGACACCCCGGAACGAACCAACUGACACACACACACACACUCACACAGACAACUGGAAGUCGCCGCAAUUCUUCCAUGAGCGGAAGCGUCUGCGCGGCGGGGGGUGCGGUUGCAGAGACGGACCCCCCCGCGAUGUCUUUGCCGGGAGGCGACGAAGCCCGCGGUGGGUUUGGGUUUCGCUUUCGCCGAUACCGGGAAGAACUGGCGCUCCGGCAGAGGAAGCAGGGGAAGGUGCGACUGCAAGACCAACCGGACGGCUUCCCGGACGCACCGAACGGGACCGCACCGGGGGAAAAGGCCUCGAACGACGGUCCGGGAGAAAACGACCGCAAAGACGACGACAACGACGACGGAGGAGGAACCGUGCUGCGGGAUCUGUCCGGUGCCCGCCUGGUUGUUGACGAAAACGGCUCGGUUUCUGUUUCGUUUGCGGACACCGAAGGGGGGCCGGUGCACGGUAUCCCGUCUAUGGUCCCGGAGGGAACGACCCUUCUGCUUCGGAACCUGAGGGACUGCCGCGUCGCAAUGUAAGCAAAACAAAGCGAAGCGAAGAUCUUUCUUGUUGUUGUUGCUGCUACUGCUGCCGUUCCUGUUGCCAUGCAUUCUGCGGCUCACCGUUCCUUUUCUGUCUCCUUCUCGGCUUUCCGGGUGUCGCUUUGCCUUGAAUUGCCUUGUCGCAUUGCGUUUGGCGUUUCCUUGUUGGCCGCCAGACACCUGCCCCUCCCAGCGGUGCACCUGGUGGGAAUCCGGGGCACCGAGGUGGACUUUUUCAACGGCGGGAGCCGUGUUCCAAGCGGGGGGAGCCUCCCCACCAACACCACGAUCCACGCGACGGACUGCCACGGGGGGUCGGUCCUCCGGUUCGAGCGUCCCGCCCAGCAGCUCCGCAUCCACGGGUCCAUCGGCCUGGGCAUCGGCGUGGCCGAGAGACCGGGGGCCCACCGGGGGGCCGCCUCCACCACCCCUGCUUCCUCCCCCGACCGGCAGUGGAAGCCCGGGAGCAUCAUCCUGGAGGCCUCCCGGGACCUCUGUUUCACCGUUCCGCCCAUCGACCACCGCGCCCUCGAAGCGGACACCAGGGCCUACUGGCACGGGGUCGUGGUCCGGGACUUUCACUGGCUCCGGAAGGGCGUCCCGAGCCCCAACUUCCGGGUCGAGGUCCUCGGUGGCAACCCCCCGCGGGGGGAGGGGCCGCUCCCGGGCGAGGAACGCGGCCCGUCCGGCGAAACGAAUCGCGGGGAGGAUUCAAGCGACGACUCGGACGACGACGAGCUCUAGCAACGGAUGCGAAAGGUUGCGACCGGUGGGGUGUGCGCAGAAGGGCACACUCGCAACACGUUCGCACGGCGAUAGCUAUAAAAAUUACAUUUACAC